UGUUCCACUUUACACAAAUUAUUGAUCAUUAACGAAAACAAAUUUUUGUUUUUGGCAAUUUUGACUUAAUACCUAUAAAAGCAAAAGCGCCAAGCAGCAGCGGAAAUUACAACAAUAAUUACAAGAAACUACAAGAAAGCAACAACAAUAAAAAUAAUCAAGUGAGUUGAAAGGCACGUCAAAAGCAGCGCGCGUCAACCACAGCAGCAGCAGCGCAGCAGCAGAUGUGGCCGCAGCAGCAGAGAAAAAAACAACAACAGCAACAACAAAAGCUUCCAAGCUGCCAAAAGGCCGACGGCUUUUGAGUUUUGUCAAAACUUCUCACAGGCGAAUUUUCUUCCCAGCUUAUCAACGGCAACUGCAGAGAAGAGAGAAAAAUAAAGAACAACAACACACAACGUACACAAACGAUUAUGGCAAAGGAUCCCGCAACAACGCGAAUUCCACGUCUCGAUGGCAUCUCGCGCAUUCCACCGCCGGGCAGCUUUAGUGGCACCGCCAGCACCACCACCUCCCACAUCCGCCCACCAUCCACAACGGCAACUGCUUUAAAAAGCACAACACAAAUAUUUCGUCGGCCUGUAUUGCCGGCCAAUAAAACACGUCCGAUAAGCUCGUAUCAUCCAACGGUGAUGCCACUUCAUGAACUGGGUACAAGCAUCAAGAAAAGCGCAUCCGGAGAGAGGCUCAACAAUGCGGUUAGCUUGAUAUCCAAUCGAACUACAACGGUGCUAAAAAAGUACUUUGGUCAGGGUAAGAUGAUGGGCUCCAGUGGAGGAGGAGGAACAGGUACAGCAGUAGGAGGAAGAGGAGCAACUGCAUCAACUGCCUCCGCCCUGAUGACUAGCUCCUUGCCACAGACGCCGUUGCCAGUGUCGAAGCAACCUACCCAACUCACGAGCAGCACACCGAUGCCCCUAAUGCGCUCCGAGACAUUUGUCUGCGACGAGGAGGAGGAAGAGGAUCAUCAGGAUCAGAAGGAGCAACAACAGACGCCGAAUCGCAUAAAUUUGGAGAGCACUCGACUCUCUAAUGUGGGAUUUGGACACACUCUGGACAUGGAUACAACCAGUGUGAAUGUGAAUGUCACAUCAAUGAAUAGAACUCGACCUGUCAUACCUGGACGGGAUCAGAAUGUCACUCACAUUGUGAGUCCCAUGAGCUGUGCUCACAGAACCAGGCCAAUUAUUGCAACUGAAGAGCAGAGCUCUCCCAUCGAUUGCACACAUACUUUGGCUGCCAGUCGAGAUCGAACUCAUACUGUAAUCCCGCCCAGCGACGUGGAAUUCUCUAAAGAAAUGAGACCGCCGGCGGAUCUUACACAAAAUCUUGAUUUAACCAAGAGCAUGGAUCAAUUGCCAUUGUUGGAACACAUGUCCAUACCCUCGGGAUUGGAUAUGCUCAGUGUCCAGCCGGAAAUGGAGUUGAAUGCCACGGAUUUGGAUGUGACAUUGACGGCGCUGGCGCCGAAUAAAACCAACAUGAAGUUGCCACUCAAUUCAACAAUUAAUACGGAACGUUUGCUGGACAUCAGUGGACUCCAGUCGCCGGCGAGGCAUAUUCAACUCCUGAAUCUGACACGUGAAUUUCUGGAGCAGUCACCGCAACGUUUAUCCAGCGGCGGACGUCGUUCCUUGGGGCAGCAAUCGUUGGUUUGCCUCACACCGCAGUCGGCAACAACAACGCCACAUGGGGCACGUUUCCAGCAGACUCCGGUGCCGGUGCACUUACUCUCCCCAUUGCUAAAAGCGGCACGCAGUGAUCUCGUCUUGCCCACGCGGACUCCCGAGGGAGAGUUGCCACAUUUGGAUGCAACUUUAACGGCGGUGCAUGGCGCUUUGCGUACUCCACGUACACGCUACAGUUUUGGAUUGGAUUUGCAGGAGACAACUUUGGAUUCUUCUAUUGAUUUGGUGGAUAACUCGUUCUCCACAUCACAACAACAGCUGCAACAGUUGCAGCAACAAUUGUUGAAGAGGCAACAUAGCAUUGAUUUGGAUGAAAGUCUGGGCAUCUUGACUCCAGAUCAAAUGAAAGACCGCUGUGGUCGUCAGUGCAAGUGCCACUGCCAAAUUGAGCAACAGUUUCAUCACCAGCGUGACCAGUGUGACCAGCCUGGAUACCGGCUAUCAGGGUGA